AGGAGAAUCCCCACCAAGUAGGACGAGAGAUGAAAGUUUCCGCGUCGUAUAAUCGAUAACAGCUCUGCAGCUCUCACAGUACGCGUAUGUAACUCAAGGACGAGAAAGAUGUUGCGUGCACAAACAUGUAAAUAUGGACUAUAUUAUUUAUCGUUUGUAUUAUUUGUAUUUUAAACCGGUGAUUUGCACAAAGAUCGCUGUACCGGACUAUCGUGAGAAAUGACAGCGAAAUAUUUUUUUGUGUGGAAUCUUAAAUUUAUAAUUCAGAUCUUCUGUAAUCUUUUCUGGCAAUGUAAACAACAAAGCCACAUCAAGGUUUAAAUAAAGCAAAUGAUUCAUAUACUGUACAAAUAUGCGGCGAUGAUAAUCAAUGUAAGUAUCAGCGCGCAAUGUUGGCACUACAUUAUAAGAGAGUAUUGAAACGGAAUACAAGAGUGGCAGCGCUAUAUUACAGUAAUUAUCAUCAUAAUAAUUGAUAUUCAUACAUUGUCAAGACCAAUUGAAACGCACGUUAUUACACCGCAUGGUACAAGAGUGAGUGGAAUAUUGAAAAUAUGAAUUAUAUUCCGUAUUCUACAUAUAUCAAAGUGAAAAAUAAAUUUAACUAAUAUCUACACACACAUUAAUAAAGUACAAAUUCGAAUAACUUUAUUUAGCUUUCUAUGAACGAAAUUAAAAGCGGAAAUAAAUGGAUGACAAAUUAAUCAAGGUCAAGGAUUUAUCUAUAUUACUUUAGAAUGGUAUCGCCAGAAGAUAUCGAAGAAUUUAUAGAAAAAGCAUUAUUUAAAUUAACUGAAAAUUAUAUCCAACAAGGGGUUGUGAUAAAUGAUUUAAAAUCUAUUACUAUGACUGCUAAUGCAAAAAGUGCCAAGAAUCGUAGCUUCAGAACGCGUUCGAAGAAAUUGCUGGUGAUGUUAUUAAUGCCAUUUCUUUACGGCAUGUUCCAUAGAUAUGUUUACAAUAAUAUAAUUAAGAAUUUUCAAGGAACUCGAUGCUUACUACCGAACAAUUAUCUUAUAUGGGAGUUUACAAGACCGAUAACUAAUUGCGAUUACUGUCGCGAUAUCAAAGCGCCGCUAAUCUUGCCGAAUUUGACCAAAGAGGAAUUUCGCUUUUAUUCCUAUUCGUCCCGACCAAUGAUAAUAAAGAAUGCAGCCUAUGAUUGGCCUGCGCAUAAAGAAUUUACUUUGGAGUUUUUUCGGAACUUGUACGAGCGUAUCGAGGGUGCCUACGAGUCGAUAGAAGAGGAAUGUCAGUUUUUGCAUUUUAAAAGUAAUUUCGCAAAUCUGCGCGAGGUAUUUGCGAUGAGUGAAGGUCGAGCGUCACAUCGCGAGGGUGAAGAUCCUUGGUAUGUCGGCUGGAAAAAUUGCCAUCCACAAAUUCUAGAUACUAUGAAGCAAUUUUACAAUAUACCUCACUUUUUGCCGGAUGACGCGGAAAUUCCUUAUAGCAAUUACAUUUUCAUGGGCUAUGAGGAAGGUGCCGUUAUGCAUUUGGAUUAUAUAUCGAGACUCAUGUGGCAAGCUCAAGUAAUAGGUAGCAAAACGUGGACCGUGGCUCCAACACCGGAAUGCGAUAGCGAAUGUAAAUCUUUUAAAUUUUCCGUCAAUGUAACGGAUGUCGUACUGUUGGAUACGCGGAUUUGGUAUCACAGUACUCACAUCGAAAAUGGAAAUCUUAGUUUGACAGUCACCUCAGAGUAUGGAUAGAUUUUUAAAACUUUUUGCGCAUUCCAGAGUGUAAUCUAUAACGUACAAAAAUUG